AUGGCUCUUUAUUUCCUUUAUCCCGCCGUGGCCGCCGUUGCCCUGUUCAUCGUCGGCGUGAUAAUAGUCAUGCUGCGCUAUGGACCUCGUUUGUGUGGUUUGCGCCAUCAUGCACUUCCGGACGACGACGACCUGCGGGGGAAGUCCUACGAGCAUGAAAUUAGCUAUGCCUAAUCUCAUUUAGGGCUGUUAGAGAAAUCUUUUUUUACCGAAAGGAUCGCAGAAACCCAUGUAGUUUUGAGUAACGAGUAGACUUAAAAAAAAUUGUUUCUAAAACGUAAAACUACAUUUUGGAGUUCUGGGACAACUUAGGAUUUUUAAAAAAUUUCUCAGACAACCCUUAAAAUAAUUUUCAAACUUCUUAUACAUGCCGGCAAUGUUACAAAUUGCGUCUUAUAUAUCUCCCCAAAACUAACCUUAGCUGAUGUAAGACUCCACUAACCUUUCUGCACCCAACAACCAUACCUAUUUUGCAUGCAGUACAAAUAGCUUCAUUAGCAGCUAGAUUGGUUCGAGCCGUUUCCAUUCCAUUAACCGAAAACAGACAAUGUGCCUUCUAUGUAGAGACUUGUAAGAAUAUUAUGCCGUCCAAGUGUCUUUUAGUGCCGUAAGAUCGAAGUAUUUAACCCUACCCUUUUUGGGUAGUCUUAAGAUGCUGCAUUUAAAUUUGUCCCAUCUUCUAUUUUUACAAACCAUACAUAUCCAUAUAUCUACAAAAGUUAAUGCAAACUCUAUACAUUUGUAAUUGUCCGCUAAGUGUCCUAAUGACUUUUGAAAUUACAUGAAAUAAAGCUUCAAUUUACGGCCCCAAAAA